ACAGCUGCAAGGACCCAGCUACGAUGACGGGGAAGGUUCCCUUGUUCUCCCCCGGCUCCACAGUGAGCUCCGCUCUGCCCAGCUACGUCGCUCUCUGCCUCGCUCUACAGGUUCACAGGCUGGUGUCAGCACAAUUCACAGUGGCUGGACCUGACCACCCAGUCACUGCCUCCCUUGGGGGGGAAGCCAUCCUGCCCUGCCACCUCUCCCCCAGGAUGAGCGCUGAGAACAUGGAGGUGAGAUGGUUCCGAUCCCAGUUCUCUCCAGCUGUGCACCUGUACCGUGGUGGGCAGGAUCAGUAUGGAGAGCAGAUGCUGGAAUAUCGAGGAAGAACUGAGCUCUUGAAAGACAACAUCACCAAUGGGAGAGUUUCCCUGAGAAUACGCGAUAUCCGACCCUCCGAUGAUGGGCCAUAUGUGUGUUUUUUUCAGUCCAGUGUCUCCUAUGAAAAUGCUGUAUUGCAACUGCAGGUGGAAGGUUUGGGCUCUGCUCCUGUCAUCUCUGUGGAGGGACAUCAGGACGGAGGGAUCCGGGUGGUGUGUCGAUCAGCCGGAUGGUACCCAGAGCCCAAGGCUCAGUGGAGAGAUCUCCAGGGGCAGGUCUUACCAUCAGCCUCUGAAAAAAUAUCCCCAGAGGCCAAUGGCCUGUUUCAAGCAGAGAUUGCCACUGUUCUAACUGAAGAGUCCAACCAGAAAGUGUCCUGCUGUGUCAGGAACCCCCGACUCAACCAGGAGAGAGAGUCAGCGAUUUCCAUAGCAGAGCUGUUUUUCCCGAGGGUCAAUCCCUGGAUGGUGGCUCUGGGUGUGAUCCUGUCUCUCCUGGCUGUUCUCAUUGGCCUGGCCAGUUACUGCUUCUGGAGGCAACACAGAGCGAAAGAGAAACUUCAGGGUGAACUCAAGUGGAGAAGAGCCCUACUAAAUGCAGGUUGGGAAAAAGCCCGACAAUAUGCAGUGGACGUGACUCUGGAUCCAGACACGGCUCAUCCCAACCUCAUCCUGUCUGAGGAUCGGAAACGUGUGAGAGACGGAGACACUUGGCAGGAUCUGCCCGAGAAACCUCAGAGAUUUGAUACGUACCCUGAAGUUCUGGGCGCUGAGGGGUUUGCGGGCGGGAGACGUUACUGGGAGGUGGAGGUGGGAGACAAGCCUGAGUGGGUACUGGGGGUUUGUAGGGAAUCUGUGAGCAGGAAAGGGGAGAGCACAUUCUCACCUGAGGAUGGAUACUGGGUUGUGUGGCUGGAGGAAGGGGAAUACGAGGCCGGCACCUCCCUCAGGACCCCCCUCCCCGUGAGCGUCAGGCCCAGCCGGGUGGGGAUUUUCCUGGACUAUGAGGCGGGCGAGGUCUCGUUUUACAAUGUGACUGACAGGUCCCAUCUCUUCACUUUCACUGACACCUUCUCCGGGAGGCUCCACCCUUAUUUUCAUCCUGGUCUCAGCGCUGGGGGUACAAACGCGGCUCCCCUGAUAAUCUGCCCGGUCCCAGCUCAGGCCGGAGGGAAUCUCGGUCCAUGACAGUGACCCCGCGGCACAGACUGGCCCCUCCCAGCCCUGCUGCUCUUCCCACCCCAGUGGUGGGGGCCAGUUACUGCAGCAACUGGACUUUCUGUGCUGACCGGACGCUGCCAGUUUCCCUUUUCAACUGGAGGUUCCAGUCAAAAACCGGACACCUGGGAACCUCCAGCCCCCACCUUCCCCGUCCCCUGCCCCAGGGGUAGCAGAUGGUGGGGUUGGGGUCAUUCACUCCUGUCAGAAUUUCUACUCCUGUGAAAUCUCAAUGUAAAAUAUGAAAGAAAAAAGAUUAUUUUAAUUUAGAAAAUAUUAUUGUAACAAGGUGUAAAUACAAGACUAUUUUAAUUUACAUUUCAACAGUAUCUCAAAAACAAGCAUCUAGCCAUAUAAAUCUAUUUCUAGAAAUGGAAUUAUUUACUUUUUUUUAAUCUUUCCCUCAAAUCU